CGGCUGCGCAGGCGCACUCGGGCCAUCCGAACCCUGGUUGCCUUAGUGACCCCUGGUUGCCUUAGUAUCCUCCGGCGCUCUUCUGGCCAGACCUCCUGUGCCGCCAGCGCUAAAAUGGAGCCCUAUAAGCCGGACCCCGAGCUCCAGCGGUUUUACCAGCGGUUGCUGUGUCCGCUGUCGCUCUUCCCCCGCAAGGCGACAUGCUCAGAAUCUCAGAAGCGCCUUCCGCCGGAGGUGCCGAUGCUGCUGCCCUUGCCGGUCUCACGGCUGACGGCGGAGUCUCUGUGCCGCCAGGUGGCCGAGCGGCUGGCCAAUAGUGGGCUGGCGGUGCGCGUGCCUACCGAAGGUCGUCUCCGUUUCACUCAGGUCAUCCUGGACGAGCUCAAGUGCAGCUGGCAGGAGCCUCCCCCCGAACCUAGUCUGAACCACUUGAACAACCAGAGACUGCGAAAGCGACUCCAGGUCUACGUGCUGCUCAGCAGUGAGCAGCUCUUCCUACACUACCUGCACCUGCUGAACACCAUGUCGACCCCCGCAAGUGUCUUCACCGAAUCAGCCACGCUCACCCGUUUAACCGCCAGGCUCGCCAAGGACUGCACAAUCUUUCUUACCAGCCCUGAGGUCUAUCAUUGCUUGUUCGCCGACUUCCUCACCCUGCUGAAGAUAGAGCAGGCCCACCGCGGCAUGCACAAGCUGCGCCCUGUAGGCUCCACCGGGGGUUUCAAGCUUUUCCCUAGCCCAUUGCUUCACAGCUCCGGCUUCGCCCAAGUACCGUGCUGCACCCUCAACCUGAACUGUCUCAUCCAACUCAGCCGCCCGCGGGAGUUUCUCAGUGAGCCUGAACUGGAUCCACUGAAGGAACUGAAGUCCAUCCCGCAACUGAAGAAGAAGAAGCCUCUCCAAUGGCUGUCCUCUGUGCAGAAGAAGAGAGAAAGCGACUUCAGUUCCGCACCCAUUGUGUCACCGCGCAGGUACUCUGUGACUCCCACCAGCGGGGCUCCCCCUACCUCCCACUGGCCCCUCUGCUCCCAGUUACAGAGGGGCCAGUCCAUGCCCUCUCUGCGGGAGGGCUGGAAGCUAGCAGAUGAAUUGGGCGUCCCUCCACUCCCCCCUCGCCCCUUAACCCCGUUGGUCCUGGCUCCAGAGAGCAAACCAGAGCUGGCAGGGGACACGGUGGCUGAGGACCUGAAGCAGAUGAUAAAUAACAUGAAAUUGGAGAGGACUCACUACUCAUCACUGGACACAGGCCUGCCCCCACUCCUAGGGGCCCUGACCCACCGCCCAGCUGCAGCACAUCGCCUGGAGGAGCUGCAGAGAAUGUUGAAGGGCAUUGAAGAGGAAGAAGCCACUGGGCAGUGGGGCCUCCAGUGCCCCAAAUCCCUUCCAUUUCAACCACAGCCGGUGACUGUUACUUUGAAGCUAGGAAAUCAGGUUGUGGUCCAAGCAGCUGCUGUGCAGGUCUCUGAGAGAAACUUUUUGGACUCCUUCCACGUUGACAGGGCUGGAGUUCUAUACAACCACCUGGCUGGUGAACUAGAACCCAAACUUAUUGAGGAAAUGGAUGUUGGUUGCUUUGUUGGCAAUAACAUCAGGGAGGUCUACAAGGAGUUGAUGAGCCGUGUCUCUCUUGACCACUUCUCUUUUGACCAGGGACCCCUCAUUGAGCCUGCAGCCAAUAAAGACUGGUCAACGUAUCUGUCCUCAGCCUUUCUACAUCAAGAAAAACAGCAUCGCGUCAUCAAUCCCAAGUUAGCUGGACUUUAUUCCCAGAGAGCAAACAUUUUACAGUCCACCUCUGAUAAGAUAUCCUCCCUCACAUCACUGCAAGCAAGCAAAGGCUGGGAGAAGUGGUCAAACAAAGCCUCAUGGGUGAACUGGUGGAAAGCCACCUUGUCUGUGAGUGACUACUUCAAGUACCUCACCAGCCAGGAGACAGAUUUCCUCCACGUCAUCUUCCAAAUGUAUGAAGAGGAUGUUCCUGUGGUGGUCAAGGCCCCUGUCAAAGAGUCCAUAAAGAUUCGGCGCCCACCUCCCUUGCAGGAAGAUGAAGAACCAGACUUUGUGCCAGGAGAGUGGGACUGGAACACCGUGCUGGGGCACAGGCUAGGAACUAAGAGGAGCGGCGCCCUGGGAGAACCCUACAAAAUCCUGAAUCUGCAGAAGCGUCUGGAGCGGCUGUGGUCCAUGCUUGAGGUCCCUGACAAGGAUCGGCUGGACAUGGCCAUCAAGUACAGCUCCAACGCUCGUCUGAGGCAGCUGCCUUCGUUGGUGAGUGCCUGGGAGCAAGCCCUGAAACCCAUUCAGCUGCGGGAAAUGUUGAUGGGGAAACUGGAAUGGUUUGAGCGACAAGCCUCUGACCCCAACCGCUUCUUCCAAAAGACUGACAUGGACCUGAGUCGCCUCCUGGAGGAGAAUCAGUUCCGCAGCCACCUACACAGAAAGAUCAGUCUAGUGCAGACCCCUCUGGCUUCCCUCCUGGAGGAGAUUGAGUUAGUUUUUGGUGAGCCAGUGACCUUUAAGGGGCGGCGAUACUUGGACAAGAUGAAGCAUGACAAGGUGGAGAUGCUCUACUGGCUACAGCAGCGGCGACGGGUCCGCCACCUGGCCCGGGCUCAGAAAGCCUCCCACCAGCCAGGGCUGUUCAGAAGCUCAGCAGCCAGCCUCUAAUAGCUCCUGGGAAUACUCCCAUUAUUCUUUGACAAGGCCAAGUGCCCUCACAUCCCCCCCUCACCCCCAAGCAUCCAGCAGAUCCUCCAGACCCCUUGGGUGCUUUAGA